UUUGUGGCCAAGGGUGACUAUAUUAUUGGGGGGAUCUUCCCCCUUCACUAUAACCAGGAGAUGCCAGACAUCAACUUCACCUACAGACCACCGCCAGUGAUGUGCAAUGGCUUUGAUCCCAGGGCCUUCCGCUGGGCUCAGACUAUGAGGCUGGCAGUGGAGGAGAUAAACCAGAGUGCCGAGCUAUUGCCCAAUUAUACUCUUGGGUACAAAAUCUUUGAUUCAUGUGCAUAUCCACUGACCGGCCAGAGGGCUGCUCUGUCUGUGUUGAACGGGCUGAGUGAGGAUAACUCUCCCAUGUGCAGCGGCGCCUCUCCGCUCCUCGCUGUGAUUGGGGAAUCUGGUUCUGCUCAAUCUAUCGUGGUGUCAAGAAUCCUGCAGCCAUUCAGAAUCCCCAUGGUCAGCUACUUUUCUUCGUGUGCAUGUCUCACUGACAGAAGAAACUAUCCCACCUUCUUCAGAGUAAUCCCUAAUGAUGACUAUCAGGUGAAAGCCAUUGCUCAGCUGCUGGUACGCUUCAACUUGACUUGGGUGGGGCUGGUGCGAGGGGACCAUGAAUAUGGGCGCUUCGCUGUGCAAGGUUUACUUAGAGAAUUACAGGGUACCGAAGUGUGUGUAGCGUACCAAGAAAUGAUCCCUCUGCUCUACAAUCGCCAGAGGGCUCUGGAGAUCAUGCAGGUGAUGCGUAGCUCUUCGGCAAAAGUGGUGGUGGUAUUUUCAGCUGAGGGGGAGAUGACACCUUUCUUGAGGGACUAUAUGACACAGAACAUCACUGGAAUCCAGUGGGUGGCUAGUGAGGCCUGGGUCACAGCAUCCGUCUUUACAGGGAGCGAGUAUUACCCAUACCUAGGGGGCACUAUUGGGUUUGGCAUCAGAAAAGGUCAUAUCUCCAGUCUCAGUGACUACCUGCAGACAGUCAACCCUCAGAGGUAUUCCAAUAAUAUUCUGUUGCCUCCCUGCUCAGGAGAGGAGUCCCUGUUAGAGCAGCAUUCAGCCUACAUGAAUACAUCCAGCCCUAGAGUGGCUUAUAAUGUCUAUAAGGCUGUAUAUGCAAUUGCUCAUUCCCUGCACAACCUUCUUCUCUGUCAACCGGGCAGUGGCCCUUUCCAAAACAACUCAUGUGCUCAAAGCAAAAACAUACACCCGUGGCAGCUCCAGCACUACCUCCAGGAAGUAGCAUUUAACAUUGCCGGGGAGGAGGUGAACUUUGACCUGAAGGGCGACUCCAUACCCUAUUAUGAUAUCCUCAACUGGCAGAGAGGCACAGGCGGGAGCAUUGAAUUUGUCAACGUGGGGUUGUUUGAUGGAACCAAGCCUGCCGGAAAGGAGCUGGUGAUCCAGGAGGACAAGAUGAUGUGGGUGCCGGUGUCUGUAUGCAGUAACAGCUGUCUUCCAGGGUCCCGGAAAGCUGUCCGUCGUGGGGAGCCUGUCUGCUGCUUUGAUUGUGUACCAUGUGAUAGUGGCAAAAUUAGCAAUCAGACAAAUUCAAUAGAGUGCACCUUUUGUCCUGAGGACUUCUGGUCAAACAAUGACAGAACUGCCUGCAUCCCCAAGAAGGUGGAGUUCCUAACCUAUGAUUCCUUGGGUAUAGCCCUGACAGUGAUCUCUGUGGUGGGUGCCUGCCUUACUAUAGCUGUCUUUGUAGUCUUUUUCCACUAUAUAAACACAGCCAUCGUCCGUGUGAAUAACUCUGAACUCAGCUUCUUCAUCCUGUUUGCUCUGACUCUGUGUUUUCUGUGUUCCCUGGUGUUCAUUGGAGAGCCAACAUAUUGGUCCUGCAUGCUGCGCCACACUGCCUUUAGCAUCACAUUUUCAUUUUGCAUCUCCUGCAUACUGGGGAAGACCCUGGUGGUGUUGGCUGCUUUCACUGCCACCAGGCCAGGGAACAACAUCAUGAAGUGGCUGGGGCCCAAGCAGCAGAGGGCCAUUAUUUUCAGUUGCACUCUAAUUCAGGUGGUUAUCUGUGCAACCUGGCUCAUUGAUGCUCCCCCUUUUCCAUCCCGAAAUACACAUUAUGAAAUUUCAAAGAUCAUACUGGAGUGCAGCGUCGGUUCCAGCCUCGCAUUCUGGUGUGUUCUGGGAUAUAUUGGUCUACAGGCCUGCCUGUGCUUUGUACUGGCCUUUCUGGCCCGUAAGUUGCCGGGCAACUUUAACGAGGCCAAGGUCAUAACUUUUAGCAUGUUGAUCUUCUGUGCUGUGUGGCUAGCAUUCAUUCCUGCUUAUAUCAGCUCUCCUGGAAAUUAUGCAGAUGCAGUGGAGUCAUUUGCCAUUCUGGCUUCCAGCUUUGGCUUGUUGUUCUGCCUGUUUGCUCCAAAGUGUUACAUUAUUUUACUGAAGCCAGAGAAGAAUACAAAACAGCACCUAAUGGGAAAAUAA